AUGGAGCAAAGCGAUUUACUUAUUGUAACGAAAGCCGAUGGAGAGCUUGAAAAAAAAGCGCGGCUCACACAAAUGGAAUACGUUUCGGCACUCAAAUAUAUGCGACCAAGAUCACCGGACUGGCGACCUGUGGUGAUGAGUGCAUCAAUACACAAGCCUGAAACCAUCGAAAAUGUUUCGAAAAUGUUAGACAAAUUUUGGGAUACAGCCGUUAAAACAGGACUACUGAUGGAACGUCGUAACGAACAGCUAACCAAAUGGAUGUGGACUCAUGUUCAGGAUGAAAUAAUGGCCGUCUUCAGAAGGCAUCCUCAAGUUCUACGGAAGGUUUGA